UAUCACCCCAGCUCCAUCUGCUGCACAACUCAAUUAUUAGCGGCAUCCCUUACUACAAAGCUUUUAGCACGUAAUUGAGCACACAACAACCACACAAGCUAGGAGAUCGAGACACAAUCGAGAGAGCAACCAUGGCGGAGUUCGCGCUUGGCUUGACCAAGACGGCGGUGGAGGGGACGGUGAGCAGAGUCAAAUCGGUGAUAGAGGAGGAGGCGAAGCUCAAGGUGCAGGUGCAGCACGACCUACUGUUCAUCACCGGCGAAUUUCAGAUGAUGCAAUCUUUUCUGAACGUCACCAACUCCGACCGCACCAAGAACGAGACGGUGAGGACAUGGGUGAGGCAGCUCCGAGACCUUGCCUUCGACGUGGAGGACUGCGUCGAGUUUGUCGUCCACCUCGACGGCAAGUCCGCAUGGUGGUGGCGCAUCCUGCCGUCCUGUAUGGCGCCGCCGCUGCCCCUCGACGAGGCGGUCGCCGAGAUAAAGCAACUGAAGGCCAGGGUGGAGGACGUCAGUCACAGGAACACACGCUACAGCCUCAUCAUCGGCAAUGAGUCCGGCUCCAGCUCCAUUAAGCCAUUUGCUAUCUCGGCGACGGCUGAGAAGCCGAACAUGGUUGCUGUGGCAUAUGACAUCCUAAAGGAGGUUUGGGAGGACACGGGGAAGAAGCCGGAAGACAGCAUCAGCAGUCUUAAGACUUUGAUCACCAAUUAUGGAAAUGACCUUCAAGUGGUCUCGCUAUGGAACAGGUCAGAGGGAGCUGCUCAUGUUGGAGAGAUAUACAAUAUCAUCAACGAGGCCUACUGUGACAAAGAAAUAUGCCAAGAAUUCACAAUCCGUGCCUGGAUAAAGCUGAUGCACCCCUUCAACCCUGACGAGUUCCUCAAGAGCUUGCUCACGCAGUUCAACGCCACCUCUUCUCGCCUCCAAGCAAACAACUUCCGGGAGAAGAUGAAAUCACCUAUGGAAGACAAUCUCAUCCAGCAAGUCAGCGAGCACAGGUAUCUUGUCAUCCUAGAAGAAGUAUCCACCGUGGUAGAGUGGAAUAUCAUCAGAAUGUACCUGCCGGACAAUCACAACGGCAGCCGGAUCGUCGUGUCGACAAAGAAGUUAGGCAUUGCCCUUUUAUGCACCGGGGAGCCGUACCAAGUUUCAGAGAUCAGACGCUUCUCUGGAGAUCAAUAUAUUUGUGCAUUUUUCAAGUGUUCUGGGUGUCGCGGUGAUACAGGUGAACUUAAUUUGAAAUUAAGGCGCGGUGGUAUUUUCUCCUUGUUGGAAACUGGUAUUGGGAAGUCAACUCUCAUCGACGAAGUGUACGCCAACACAAUGCAUAAAUCGGAAGAAUCCAGUGGAUGGGAAAUUGAGCGACGCAAUUGGGUCGAUGUACCUGAGCCAUUUGACUUGGACGUAUUCGCCAUGCGCUUACUGCUGAAUUUCCGUUUAGGUGAUUUCCAUAACAAAGAAAUUGCAGCUGUUGGUAUGAUGGAAGACCCAGGUAUAGUUCAAGGGUGUUGUAAGAUUCUAUGUGAAAGCGAUUGUCUCAUCGUUAUUAAUGGUCUGCGGUCCAUGGAUGACUGGGACUUGAUAAAGUCUGCCUUCUUAUCCAAACCUACUAAAAGUUGUGUCCUUGUCAUUACAAAUUCUGAAAGUGUGGCCAGACAUUGUGCAGAUGACACACUUCAAGUGCUGAACGGCAAAGAUUUCGAAGCUGGCGUAGCCUUUGAUCGCAUUAAAAAGGGUUAUUCUUACUAUGGUACCGAAGGAAAGAUAAACUGUCGAUUUUCCUCCACCCGAAGAGAAGAGGCACGUCAAUGGACCGACAAUUACUCUAGACAUCUUUGGUCCGAGUUGGAUAUUGAGACGGACAGUUCCAUUCAGGAGAGUUUCUACUUUCCUGGUGUGAACAUCGUGUGCGGGAAUCCUGCUAGUAUCACGAAAUCCGCUAUCGUGAGACAAGCUUAUUAUCGCCAUAUAGGAGUGACCUGGGAUGAGUCCAAUCCUCUAAAGGUGAAGCAGUGCAGCUGGGUCGAUGUGUCUCAUCCAUUCAGUUUGAAGGAAUUUUCUUGGCGCUUACUUCUGGAUUUUUGUUCGGAUGAUCUUGAAACCAAGGACCAGAUAGCAGCUAAGUUGAUACUACAAGGCUACGACCCGAUUCCAGUAUGUUGUAAGAUUCUGCGUGAAUCGGAAUGCACCGUUGUUAUUGAUGGACUGGAGUCCACACGUGAGUGGGACUUGAUAAAAUUUGCUUUCUUAUCUGAGGCCAGUAACAGUUGCAUAUAUAUCAUUACAAACGAAAGCGUCGCCACACAAUGUGAAAAUGAAGGUCAAGUUACAGUGAUCAACAUCGAAGAUAUAGGAGCUGAUACGACGCAUAUCCCCUCGAUAAAGGAGGAUCGUGUUUUCUCCAGAAAAAGAGAAGAGGCACGUAAAUGGACAAAAACGUUUGAACUUGUGCGGCGUCAGAAUGAAUUGGAUGCCCUUACAAGUUUUUUGCAAGAUCCAGGAGUGAUCUUUGUUUGCGGGAUUGCUGGUGUUGGGAAAUCAGCUCUGGUCAGAACUAUUUACUGUGAUGAAAUAACAACUAAAGGGAGUUUCAAAACGUCUGGUUGGGUCGAUGUGCCACAUCCCUUCAAUCUAGCGGAGUUCUCUUGGCGCCUACUUGUGGAUUUUCAUUCUGACAAUCUUCAAACCAAGGAAACUGCAGCAUUUCGUAUGAUGGAAGGCCAUGACCCAAUUCAAGAGUGUCGUAAGCUUUUGCAUGAAGACAAAUGCCUUGUCGUUAUCGAUGGUCUACGUUCAGUUGAGGACUGGGAUUUGAUACAAGCCACCUUCUUAUCUGAGCCUAUCAGUGGAUGUAUCAUUGUGAUUACAAAUGAAUCAUCCGUAGAAGCACAUUGUGUAGACAAGGGAAAUCGAUCGUUCAAUGUCAAAGGUCUAGAAUAUGAUGCAUCUCUAGGUCUAUUCAACAUGAUGCAUUCGCACCGCCCAGAAAUGACUACCCAUGAAAAGAAGGUUUUGAAACUUAUAAUGACCAAGUGUGGAGGGCUUCCCGAAGUAAUUGUUGCCAUCGAGAAAUACUCAUACGAAGUGAAAGAUGCUACAGGCGAAGAAGAUCCCAAAUCAUCCACAAGUGAUGCUAUAGGCGAAGAAGAUCUCAACCCAUCAUCCGCAAGUUUGUUGGAUUGUUUGAGAGAUGACUUUAUGGGCAUGUUGCAGAUGGACAUAAGAUUCCAUGGUUUGUCGGGUCUAUUUUGUUGGAUGCGGUCCUACUUUGAUGCCUGCUCAGAUACAGUCAAGCCAUGUAUCUUCUAUCUGUCAGUAUUCCCUGCAAACCAAAACAUUAGGCAGAGGCGUUUGUUGAGGCGGUGGAUCGCUGAGGGUUACUCAAGGGACACAUCUGCAGGUUGUACCGCAGAGGAGAAAGGGGAAAUGCUAUUCACUGAGCUUGCUAAGCUGAGCAUAAUCCAGGAGCUGGGCAUAAAGCAUCUAUACACAUUAAUUACUGCUUCAAAGAGGUGGGAAUUUACGCGAAAAACAAAAAAGAUAUGCCAAGUGAAUGGCUUCUUCCGUGAAUACAUUAUGUCGAGGCCAAUGGAAGAUAACCUUGUGUUUGCACUUGAAGGGCGUUGCAGCCCCAACUCACAACGCACAGGACAACACCUCACCAUAAGGAGUUGCUGGGAUAGAGAUGAGAAUGUAUUUCAAAGCAUGGAGUUGUCCCGAGUACGAUCUUUGACAGUGUUCGGGGAGUGGAGGUCAUUUUUCAUCUCUUCUUCAAGUUGCAAUAAUAUGAGAAUGCUUCGGGUGCUUGAUCUGGAGGACACAUCAGGUGUAUCAAAUUUUGACAUAGAACAUAUCGGGAAGUUAUUGCCUCGCCUCAAGUUCCUCUCCCUACGGGGUUGCAGAGAGAUCAGUCUCCUUCCUGACUCAUUGGGUUUCCUGAGGCAGCUACAGACUCUGGACGUGAGACACACAUCCGUAGUCAUGUUGCCACCAGCCAUCUUCAAGCUACAGAAGUUGCAAUACAUUCGUGCUGGUAACACUAUACCAUUAUAUGAGAAUGAGUAUUGGAUCACAACCCUACCAGCAGGAGAGAAAUGCACAUCAACACCUUUAGAAGAUGGUGAUGGCACAGUCGUCGCAGCAGAGGAUGACAUGGCAUCAACUACACUGGAAGAAGACAAGGAUGACACGGUUGUUGCAACCCUUCCUGCAGCCGACAAGGACCGGAUAUCAAUACCACAAGAAAGUGAUGACACGGUUGUUGCAACCCUUCCUGCAGCCAACGAUGACCAGAUAUCAACACUGUUUACAUGGAGUAUGCGACGUACUUUGGGAUCCUGGUUGUCGAAGAUCCGUAGACGUCAACUCGUUGUUAGCAUCCGGAAGGGCGGUGUUAAAGUGCCAGUUGCUGUUGAGAUUGGUAAGCUGACUGCCUUACAUACUCUUGGUGUUAUCAAUGUGGGAGGUUGUUCAAGCGGGGAGGCCUUUCUCAAGGAACUCAAGAAGCUUACCCAACUGCGUAAGCUCGCAGUGUGUGGCAUAAAUAGGGGAAACUGGCACAAAUUUUGUGGUGCCAUCUCAGGUCACGGCCAUCUGGAGUCUUUGUCGGUGAGAUUCGAACUGAGGGAGGAUAAGCAGGAUCACCUUUAUUGCUUAGAUGACAUCUCCCAGCCACCCAAGACGCUAAAGAGCCUUAAGUUGUACGGGCCUGUACAUAAACUGUCACUUUGGAUCAAACAACUUGACAAGCUCGAAAAGUUGGAGCUUCAGAUCGCUACACAAGAGGACCUAGAUGUCCUUGACGAAUUGUCCCGUCCACAUAUCUUACACCGUCUGCUGGUAAAGCCGAUUCAAGAUGGUGUGCUUUUUCUUGGUAGAGACGAUGACUAUCAACGCUACUACUCCAGCUUCUUUGCCCUCAGGAUUGAUUGCAUCUCCAAGUUGAAGCUAACUUUGGGAGGGCCGAUGAUGGAUUUUGUUGAGCAUCUGAUAAUCCACUGCUACGGCGGAUCAUCUUUAGAGCUUUCUGGCCUAGAUAAUCUACGCUGUCUCACAGAAGUCUGGCUCAAGGGUUCUUACAGCAACGCACUCAAGCAACAAGUUGCCAACCAUUAUAUGAGACCUGUCUUGAACCUUGAGUAAUAACCACGUUCGUUCUCUGGUGCUUCAUUUUAUUUUAUUUUGAGAAAUGAUGAUACGUACUUUUAUGCCAUACUUAUUGACUUUAUGCAAUCCACUACAGCCAUCGACCUGCUUUCUUUUUGACAGAGUUAGUUUGUGAGUAUAUUUUUGUUGAAAACUUGAUAGCUCACAUUGCCUGAAUAUAUGAGA